AUGGCGCCGGAGCCGGCUUGCGGCACCCAGGGGCUGCCCAAGGCUUUCUUGCAAAGCUUGCGGACCCUCUUCGACAUCCUAGACGACCGCCGGAGGGGCUACGUGCACCUGCGGGAGAUCGAGUCCCGCUGGCUCCAGCAAGGGACGGAGGCCGGGGAGUUACCCCGGGGCGUCUUGGAGGGGCUGCGCCGAGCCGCCCCGGCCAGCGGCUACCUCACCUUCGAGAGGUUUGUGCUGGGGCUGCGGGCGUCUCUGCUCAGUUCGGACAAAAGCAGCGGUCCGGCCAUAGCCCCCAACAGCAAGGUUCCGGGGCUCGGAGAGGAAGGCGAACUUCCCGUUGGGGAGAAGGGGCUGGAAAGAGGCGGAGGCGCUUCUCGAAGCCUGGAGAAGAGCCCCAACCCUCGGGUGGAACCGAUUCCGUGCAAGAGAGAGGGAGAUGCUGGCUGGAAGCCCCCACAAAAUGAGAACGCCGCUAAGGGCCUGGGGGAGGCCCGAAGGCAGCAGCGAGGCCGCUCUGGACACAGGAGGCACACCCUCACCAAUGGCGUGGACUAUGGCAUGCUGCAGCAAAUGAAGGAGUUAGAAAAAGAGAAGGAUUUUCUGCUUCAAGGGCUGGAGAUGGUCGAGCAGGCGCGGGACUGGUACCACCAGGAAAUCCACGUCCUCCAAGAACGCCAGAAGCAACUGGGCAAAAGCAAAGUUCACAGUGGCAUGCUUGCCAAGGGCAGUCUGAGCCAGUUGAGCCAUCUCCUGCCCAAGCUGCAAGAACUGAACCGCUGUCUCUGUGAGCUGUUGUCUCUCUCAGCCAAGCCUCCAAACUCCUGUUCUGCAGCCGCGAACAGCCCCGAAUGUGCGGCUGUGUCCUCCCCCCUGCUAGCAGGGCCCCAGCAGACCAUCAAUAUGUUGAAAGAACAGAACAGGCUUCUUACCAAGGAGGUGACGGAUAAGAGCCAGCGGAUCACCCAGCUGGAGCAGGAGAAGUCAGCCCUCAUCAAGCAGCUGUUUGAAGCUCGAGCCCAGAACAACCAUGAAACCAACCAGUUGGAUUCCACCUUCAUCUAGUCUGGGCCUCUGGCUCUGCUCUUGGGAGAGGGAAGGCUUUGCAAUGGGUCACCGCAG